GACACCGGCUGCAGUGCAAGCUCAUAGAAGAGGAAGAGUCAUGUAAUCAUAACAUGACCAAGGUUAUCUCGAAGAAACUGGAGAAAAAUAUGAGCAUCACUUGACGGAAUCAGAGUUUCUUCUUAUCUCGCCAUGAGUGUCCCCUGUCUCCUGUCCUCCGCCGGCCGAAGCCUCCGCCUGCAGUGUCCCACCGCCGGUCUGCUCUGCUGUCGGCUGCUGGGCCCCAGCUCCGUCACAAGAAAAAUGUCCUCCAAAAGGCAAAUGGACCAUCUAGAGAGAACAGCGAGCAACUACAGACAAAAUGCUCUUUAUCCAGCUCAAGUAUGUGGCAUCAUGAACGAGUCAGAGACGGUGAAACGUUUGAGAAUAGCUGUCCAUCCAGACUUCAGCUUCAAAGCAGGACAGUGGGUGGAUUUCUUCAUCCCUGGUGUGGAGAAGGUGGGAGGUUUCUCCAUGUGCUCCAGCCCGGGGUUGCUGCAGAGGGAGGGCGUCAUUGAACUGGCCGUCAAAUACACCAAACACCCUCCGGCACACUGGGUCCACACCAUGUGUACAGUGGGCUCCCAGGUGGCCAUGCGCGUUGGCGGAGACUUCUUCUUUGACCCACUGCCAUCUGACCCAUCUGUGGAUUUGCUGCUAGUAGCCGGUGGCGUCGGGAUCAACCCUUUGUACUCUAUCCUGUUGCAUACUACAGAUCUGCUUCAACUCAGCCACGCCUCUGGUGGGCGGGACUACAACAUAGGCUCUGCUCACGUCUGCUACAGUGCGAAGAACACUCAGGAACUGCUCUUUAAGAGCUCCAUCAUCGAGGCAUGCCGGGAGUUCCCUGACAAGAUCACCUGUGACCUCCACGUCACGCAACAGAGCACAGAUGUUGACUCGCACCUCCAGCCAUUUAUCAACCGCGGGAGAAUCACAGAAGAGCAGUUGCGGGCUCAUGUGGACCCGCAGAGGACUUUGUGUUUCCUGUGUGGGCCCCCGCCCAUGAUCGAAGCUUUUUCAAAAACCAUCAUGGACUUUGGCCUCCCAAAAGACAGAAUCCUCUUUGAGAAGUGGUGGUAGAAACUUACAGCUUUGUCCUCCUGGAUUGUGCUCGUCUUUCCCUCUUUCAGGGGAAGGAGGCUUUACAUCUUUUGCCACGCAGGACUGCCUUCUUUUGGCAUAUUUUUGGACAAUGUGGGUCAGCAACGUUGUUGAGACAAUUUGAGUGCAACAUUUGUACACUCAUAUUUUUAGUUUUUUUUUCAGCUCUAUUGCCCUGUUUAAAACAUUUGUUGGGAACGUAAUCAAAUGUAAUAAGGUACAUUAAUUUGAUGAAGUAAUUAAAAAACUUAUGUAACUUAUUUGAUUUUUAAAAGGGUAAUUAGUAAUAUAUAACUUAUAUUUCAAAAGUAACUUCCCAGCACUGCUUUUAGGUUCCUAGGAUAUAGAGGAUCAGUGCAAACUACUGCCAUCUGUACUGUUAUUUUACACCAGUGGUUCCCAAACUUUUUCCAUUAAUGUACCCCCUUUGAAUUUUUUUUUCAGCCAAGUACCCCCUGACCAGUGCAAAACAUUUUUGGUAAUUAAAACAAAAGAGGCACAACACUGCAGUGUGCCAUCAGUGUCUGAUUUGUUAAACAACAUGGUAAAACUUGGGGGUUAUUUGGACAUAAAUCCCAUCAGCCAUUGUUUCAACAUGCUAUAGUAUGAGAUUUUUGGCCUCUUAAUGACAUGCUAUACUUUGAUGCAUCUCUUCAAGCUUUAAUAUGCUGUUUUCAGCUAUUUUUUGGACAUGUCAAAAUUUGAGAUUUUUCACCAUACUAUACUAAGCCAU